AUGGCGAUAGUUGAAAAGUUCUUCUAUGAUGGCGAUGACGGCGAGGUAGAGGAUAUGCGCAAGUACAAACGUGGAGGAUAUCACCCUGUACUCCUUGGUGAGGUAUUGCCCAAGCAGUCAACUUCCAACUCUCGAAAACCAAGGUACUGGAUUUUGCAAAAGUUAGGCCAUGGUGCUUUUGCUACAGUAUGGCUAGCAAAGGAUCUUUUGGGCUCUCUUGGUUAUGUUGCUCUCAAAAUCAACAUUUCAUGUAUCACUGGUGAGAACAAUGAGAUCCGAAUUCUUCGGCAGUUACGGGAUUCCGGUCAUCAGAAUCAGCUUGGAUAUAAUAAUGUUAUCCAUCUAUUAGAUGACUUCGCGAUUCAAGGGCCCAAUGGAAUACAUGAUUGCAUUGUUACUGAAGUAGUAGGUGGCAUGAGGUAUUUCCGUGAUACUUCAAUUUUUAAAGCUUGUGUCAAGAAGCUCUCACUUCAGGCUAUAAUGGGACUUUCAUACUUGCAUAGUCAAGGAAAUGAGUCUGUCCCGGCAUAUCUUGUUCCGUCUGUCUCUCUGGUGGAAUUUUUAGAAUGGAAAGCAGGGAAUAGUGCAACUUAUGAACCCCUCUGCCUCAAGAUCAUGGAUCUUGGAAACUCGUUUCGAAAGUCAGACAAAAGACCGCCAUCAAACACUCCCAUAGCCAUCCGCGCUCCCGAGGUAACCUUCUGUGAGCUUUCAAAUGGUAAGGUAGGGUCGGAUUGGGAUAAACCUAUAGAUGUCUGGGCGGCGGCGUGCACUCUGGCCCUCUCCCACCUGCCUGGAGGCCAUACUGGGACUUGGAUAAGGUUUGCGCAAACGCUGGCGAACGACGACAGCUUGAUACGGAAGGGUUCUGGGCCGAGCAGCGGAUUCAUCGGCCUUGCGCACCCUCUCAGCGGGAUACAGACCAACUGAUUGAUUUGUUAAGGAGUAUGCUUAAGAUCAACCCUGAUGACAGACCACAAGUGAGCACGCUACUUGAUCAUCCGUGGUUUUCCUGAUUAAGAGCAUGAAAGUAUCUUUCUUCGCCCUCGGGCAACAGUGAUGAUAGGUGCAUGGGUCUAGUUCCCAGGUGCUGGCGCGUGUCGUGCUAGACGGUCGUGUUGAAAGGCACCAGGCAACUUCCAUAGUGGUACUACACGCCAAUCAGUUCAUUGUAAAUGUUCUCUAAUGAAAUGAUUUACAGUUAUG